AUGUUUCUCUUUAUUCAGCAAAUCGCUUGUGCGGAAAAAUACCGUGAAGCCUCUUGCUAUAUUGAUAACAAUGGUAAUCCAUCAAUACAGUUCGAUAAAAUAGAUAAGAAUGCUGUUGCUUGGGCCAAUUUCAACGAUUCAAUUCAUGAAGCUGGCUGGUACAAGCUUCACCUUCACGGCCGUGAAGGAGCUCCAGAUGCAGAUAUAAUGAAAUGCGCUGGCUAUAUUGAAGGCGCUCUUUCCUAUAAUAGUAUUUUCAAUCAUUAUGCACUUAUUCGUGAAAUCAAAGGAUACCCAUCUGGUGUCAGAACCUAUCCACCACAAGUUAAAGAAUACAUGAGCAACAAUCUUCAAUAUGUUAGAGAAUCUGUUGAUGCUUAUCCAGAGUCCGUUUACUGGCAGGAAAUUGGUUUAAUCAUGAACCAAUUCGACGGCCUUGUUGCUGGUUACAAGUAUGCAUGCGAUCUUGAUCACAAUGAGACAGCCCAGAUGGAUGAAUUCGAUCAUUGGUUCUUCCAGUCCGCUGGCGACAUGUUUGAUAUUGCCCACCUCUUCCCAGAUGAUGUUGCUCCAGCCAGAGAGUUCAUCAACGAGCACUGCAGUGGUCUUAUCCGUUUGACAGAUGAUUACAGAGAUGUUUACUUCUCACAUGAUGCCUGGUCCGACUAUCGUGAACUUCAUGGCCAGCUCAAGGAGUACGACCUUCCGAUCAAGGCAUUCAAGGCCCACAAACUUGUUAUGUCCACACGUAUCGGCAAACUUGCCUCCUACGAUGAUUUCUACAUGGCAGACACCGGCCUCUUUGUUCUCGAGACCACCCUCAACAACUACAACGACGAUCUCUACAAGGUUUGCACACCAAAGUCCCUCUUCACCUGGAUCCGUGCUGUCCAUGCCACAUGGACAUCCACAAGUGGCAAGGAGUGGACAGAGACAUUUAUCAAGCACAACUCCGGUACAUAUAACAACCAGUACGUCGUUGUUGAUUCCAAGAAAUUAACCCGCUUCCAGAAGCCCGACAAGGAUCUUAUCUGGAUCAUCGAGCAGUUCCCAGGUGUCUACCGCAGUUCCGAUGUUACAGAUUACCUUGUUGAGCACGGAUACUUCCCAUCUGUCAACUGCCCAUACCACGAAGACCUUUACAACCUCGCCGGCUAUCCAGAGCUUGUAGCCUCUCUCGGCAUCUACGGCGACUACAGAUCUAACUACAAGUCCCCACGUUACCUCAUUAUGCAACGCGAUGUCUGGAGGAUCAAGACAUUCGAAGAUUUCAAGAAAUUCAUGCGUUACAACCAGUGGAAGCGCGAUAACUACUCACAAGGCGAUCCAGCCCAACAGAUUGCUUCUAGAUACGAUCUUCGUCCAGCUGAAGGAACACCAUACGGAGACAGGAACAAUUUCGGCGAUCUCGAUACAAAGGUUCUCAGAUUAACUGAGGCCGUAACAAAUAUGAGAAUGCACGCCCUUGCUUCUCCACCAUGCGAUGCCGAAUUUAACCCACCGUGGGAGUUCGGACAAAAGGACUUCAAAGUUAAUUACUACGGUUUACCAACACGUUGGAACUUCACUUGGGUUGACUUCCAGGCUGAAGGAUACGAUAUCUGCGCUGCUGGUAACAAGAACAUGUCAAAGUGCUUGGAAAUCAACGAAAUGUGCGGAUACUGCCAGUACUCAGAGGUCUGCACUGCUGGUGAUAAGACAGGACCUUGGUUCGGAGUCAAAUGCGAAGACGGUUGGAAACUUAAUGAACCACUCCAGCCAUGGGCUAAGGCUGUAAUUAUCCCAACAUCAUUAAUAAUAUUCGCAGCUUCAUUCGCAAUUUUAGCAAUUCACUUUAUUAAUAAGAAGAAGACCUUACUUCCGAAAUAA